AAACGUUUCAAACGAAUAUGCGCACGUGAAACCCAUGCCGGACCAAUCAGUCCAUUUCACCGGCCACCAAUCUUAACCGGACUGUUGACUGCUCAGUCAUUGCAGUGUGCAGGUACCAGAUUGUACCUGAUCACAUCUCGACCGUCCACUGGGACCACCACCAAUGUAAAGUGCCGGAAUCCCACCAAUAUUAUUAACACGUACUCCCUGCAUCACCCUCCAUUACGAUCUUAAAGUUUCUCUCCGUAUUCUUCUCCUUUCUCCCGAUACCAAAUCUUUAACACCCGAACAGUCAGCAGCAGCGAUGGCGGAAGCUUCUACAUCGCGUGAAUCUACCACCCUACUUUCCCCUUACGAGAUGGGCAAGUUCCACCUCUCACACAGCUAAUUAUAGUUUGGAGGGGUGUUUGUGGCAGGGUGGUGUUGGCGCCAAUGACGAGAUGCAGAGCGUUGAAUGGAAUUCCAGGGCCAGCUCUUGCGGAGUACUAUACACAGAGGUCAACUCCUGGUGGCUUCCUCAUCAGCGAGGGCACUAAAAUCUCCUCAACAGCCGCCGGGUUCCCUCAUGUGCCUGGUAUUUACACCGAGGAACAAUUAGAGGCAUGGAAGAAAGUGGUGAAUGCCGUCCACGCCAAAGGAAGCAUCUUUUUCUGUCAACUGUGGCACGUUGGCCGCGCAUCUCACCCAGUUUAUCAACCGGAUGGAGGAGCGCCUAUAUCAUCCACCAAUAAACCAAUAUCAGGAAGGUGGAGAAUUCUGUUGCCAGAUGGAUCCCAUGGCAAGUAUCCAAAUCCUCGAGCUUUGGAAACCUCUGAAGUCUCAGAGGUGGUCCAGCAUUAUCGCCAGGCAGCCAUCAAUGCCAUUCGAGCAGGCUUUGAUGGAAUUGAGAUCCAUGCGGCGCAUGGCUAUCUUAUUGACCAAUUCUUAAAGGAUGGGAUCAAUGACCGGACAGACAAGUAUGGUGGACCAAUUUCAAAUAGGUGCAGAUUUUUAGUGGAGGUUGUUCAAGCUGUUGCAGCAGCCAUCGGGACUGAUCGAGUUGCUGUAAGAAUUUCACCUGCAAUUGAUCACCUUGAUGCCACAGCCUCUGAUCCACUCCACCUAGGCUUGGCUGUGGUUGAUAGACUUAACAAAAUACAGCAAGAACUGGGCUCAAAACUUUGUUAUCUCCAUGUGACUCAGCCUCGUUACCAUGCUUAUGGCCAAACAGAAGCUGGUGUACAUGGAAGUGAAGAAGAAGAGGCUCAGCUAGUGAGGGCCUUGAGAAGAGCUUACCAGGGAACUUUUAUGUCUAGCGGUGGGUUCACUAGGGAACUAGGAAUCCAAGCUGUGGCAGAAGGUGAUGCUGAUCUUGUAUCAUUUGGUCGCCUUUUUAUAUCAAACCCUGACUUGGUCUUCAGAUUUAAGGUGAAUGCACCUUUAACUAAGUAUGACAGGAAGACAUUUUACACCCAAGAUCCUGUCCUUGGCUACACAGACUAUCCUUUUCUAGGAAAAGAGAGAAGGAAUCAGGUACCCCAAUCCCGCCUGUGAUUUGAAAUUUUGAAUGUUAUCUAUAUAUAAAAUUUUGCCAUAGAAGUUGAUUAUUUGAAUGUAACCAAUUGUUGAGAAUCCUACUAUAGAAGAAUGAAGUGUUCUGAGUCGCUGUUACUGCUAUGCUAUAGUUGAGAGUUUGAUUCACCCGUGUCAUUAAAUUUUGUGUUUUGCCGCAUUGUCCAAAUUGUCAAAUGUAAAAAUUAUUAACUGAGAGGAUUAAACAGGUUGCAUCUUUAUAUUGCAAA